AUGACACGUAUUCACGUAACCGAUAUAACCGCUCGCGCUCGUGGGGACGUGCUGGGCCGGGGGAGUUCUUCGUUGCCCUGGAGAGCUCAUGAUCACACCGGAUUUUGCGACCCACCCACUCGCAGGUACGUCAUCCCAGACUCCAUUGCGGUCUUGGCAGUUGGCACACAUUUUCAUCAACACAAGGAGAAGAAAGGACAACAUUUUGAGUUCGUCUUGUCCUCGAAAAUGGGAAAACUACAGCGAAAGAAGUGCGAAGAGUGUGAACACUCGUACAUGAAUAGAUGCUGUAUGUGUUUGGAUAUCCGUACUGGCGUUAUAAUUCUCGGACUUAUACAUUUGGUACGUUUAAUGAGUGUUUAAUAUUAAAUAGUUGACUGCGCGUAUUUUAGAGGGAGUUCUGUUUUGUUGUGGUGCUUUGUGUUUUGAUAUAAAGCUUCUUUCAUUCAUCUGUUAUAGUUUCUGAAAGAUUAGAUUCUGAAAUUUCGCCGUUUUGUUUGUAAUCGAGAGCCAUAUUUCUCAUUCUUCUGUGUUGUAAACGUGUAUGUAUUUUUCAAGUAUUGCGAACACCCUAAUUUAUCACGUCUAAAUUUAAGUACACAAACGGAUUGUGUUUAAAACGACGAUUUUUGUACCGAUCGCAUAUAUUGUAGUCAUUCUGACACGAUAGAUUUGGUUUUCGUAUAGCAAAUGAAAUGAAAUAGGGGGAAUUAUGUAUAUGUUGUUUGAAAAAUAACAAUCUUUUGGGGAUAUAUAAAUGUGUGUCCUUAGCCGAACAGAUGUUUGCUGUAUUUUUUUAAGCGUCACAGAACGAAUAGAAAAUAUUGCAAAACUGUACCAUAUUACCCAAUAUUAUGUAAGAAUAGUACUUUUCAAAGGAGUAUGAAAACAGGUAUAACAAUUGAAUUGAAUUGAAUUGAUUUAAUGACUACUGACUUUGUAACCCAAAAAGGUUAAAUUACACCAGUAUUACAUAAAUUAAGAGGAUAAGUUAAAAUUACAUAAUAAUUACAUAUUUAAGAUUAUUUACAUUUCUAAAAACUUAUUUACUGUAUAGGAUUUAUAGUCUUUUGUGUGAUUCAUGAUUCAGCUGUGUGAGCCAGCUUUCUUUUUUUCAAAUUUCCAUAAAAACAGGAUAUACUUCUUGAAAACUUAAGAACUUCCUCAAAUGGAUUUUUUGAACAAAAGCUUCUACGUGCUUUCAAGAUUGGGUGUGUUCCAUUAAAAAAGUGGGGAAAACAUGGCUAGUUGAAUAAAUGUAUUAAAAAAAACUCCGCAUUUUCAAGUGUCAAUCAACCGACUUUCUUAUUUUACUCUGUCUAACAACAGACGAUUUACUUGUGAAGUACACAAGUGUUGGCAGUCACACAACCGUGGUUAGCUGUUCUUAAUGCUUUCCCAACACUAUCAUGUAUUCUGUUUUUCUCAUGUAUUUUGUUGGAACACUCAUCGAACCUUUAUUUUGUUAAUUCAGAGCUCGAAAUGGUCCCGUAACAAUUGGCGACUUGCCAACUCUCUGUCGGUUUAAUGUUUGUUACAACUGCAUGUGAUUCUGACUAAACCCAAUAAUGUCCAACACUGCACACAGACGCUUUCUUCUCCGAUAAAAAACGCACCUAAAGGUUAACAUUGAUGUGUGUGGUAUACCGUAUUUGUCUAAAGCCAGGCGAUUUCACUCGUCAAGGGAAAAUAUUGGCUUUAAUGAGUUAACUACAUUAGACCAUCUGCCCAUAUGCCUUUGAGGUCCAAUGGAAAUCUACUUCUAAUAACAGUAAAUUAAGGACUUUACGCAUGCAAGAUGGCAACGUCAGGACGGCGGCCAAACAAACUGUUUGAAAAAAAUUAUUGGAAUCUUGUUUUGUGUUUACUUGUAUUAAUCCAUAUGAAUUUAGUUCCGCAACACUGCAAAUAAUUACAUAGACUUGACAGUCAUGAUGAACGGGGGAAAUUAAAUUACGCCGGUCAAGUAUAAAAUCCUCCCGUUCAAAUGUUAACAACUGUUCGUGAGCAAAAACAAAAUUUUCUUGUAAUUUAAUUACCGGUACUUUUGGAGUAUCCGGGUCCAUCUUGAAUAUAUGUGAAAAUGAAAUUCUGAACACAUGUCAAACACAAUGUCUCAUUGGCCGGCAAAGAAAUAAGAUUACCUUGCUUACACUUCAAUUUAUGCAUUUUAACAUUAAAUUAAAUAUCAUUACAGUAUGCUCACUGUCGAAAAACAUCACUGCCGAAAAACAUCACUGCCGCCCUAAAAAUAUUUACCCGGUCAAAAUAAUCAUUGAAAACAAAAAAGCGACAAUCAAUGUCCUAAAAUAGCUCGUCGUUGACCAGCCUUUAUUUGCUUCGCUCUUCUGAAACGAAGUAAAACACGUUUAACCUUCAGAGCAAUUUUGAUCAACUCUGCUAGAAAAACUACCUGUCAUGGCUUGAAAUGCUAGGAUACUAUGCAAGACGUGUAAAUAUGCAUUGUCAACAGAUCUUGGACAACGUCUAAAAGCCCUGCUAGACAUUUAGUAUUAAUUUAUUUUAUCCUAUAGGAUUAAUGUCAAUGUGUCGUCGUCCUGACGCCACUGUCAUACAUGCGUAGACUCUCUAUGCCUAAAAAAUACCUGUGGUUCCGGUUUCAUAUUGUUAAAAAAUUAGGGUCGGUAGGUCGGAAAUUUUUUUUUUGAAUAUUUUUUUCACGGUUGUGGCGUUUUUUUGCUGGGUGAUUUUCAGUACAGUUCCGACAUCAAUAUUAACUAGAGAUGCGUAUUUCCUAUGGACGAAUUUAGGUAUUUUGGUUCAAUAAUUAGUGUGACAACAGACGCUAUUUUGGCACGCCGUAGGAGCAGCCCGCAACCACCCGGAGAAAAUAGGGUCGCACGGUCAAUUGCGUUGAAAAAAUAAUAGGGUCGGCAGAAAAAAAUAGGGUCGGUCGGGAACCGGAACCACAGGUAGUAUAUUUUGUAGGCCCUAUUGUCUGAAAGACAGGGAGGAGGGGGUGUUACCUUCCAAUUUCUUCCAUGGGAGAAGUUUAGAUCUACGAAUUAAUGCCAAAUGACUGUCCUGAUGAACAUGACUUUGUGUAGGUAUUUCAAGUUGCCGCCAUCAUUGUGAUUUGCCAAGUUUUGGUUCAUCCAGGCACAUAUGACAAGGAAAGUCCUUACAUUUCCAGCAGUCACAUUAUGAAAGGUACUGGUAGUUAAUGUUGCUUUGCACUAUGUAUCAAAGUCUCAAAGUAGCAAUUUUGCAAAUUAGGCCACUCCAAAUUAGACUUUAGUUUCCUGUCCGGCCCUUACUUCAAAUUACAUGCGGCCGGGCGGUUCUUUACCAUUAUCCAUUAUCGGUCCUUUACCAUUAUCCAUUAUCUAUUUUUUUUAUGGUGUUUGAAAGAAUCUGUCACGACCCAUUAUUCCAUGAAAUAGAUACACAUUUUAAAUAUCCAUUCAGCCACGUUUCUACAGUACAGAAUGUUUUGGAUUUUUUGUAUGCAGAAAUGAAAGUCAAAACGUGCAAUGAAAGUGUCUAGCUCAGCGGUUACUGUUGUAAAAACGAACAAGUUUCAACAAUUUUAUUUCGAUUUUUACAUAUUAUAUUAUAAAAAUGUAUUUCUUGGACGAUAGAAUAUUCGAGAGCUGUGGAUUUUCAUUAUUUUUAGUCAUAAGGGUCAAAUUAUGGAAACAAGUUAGCAACAAUUGGACAAAUCAUGCGGCCAGUUCUAGGAGAUGCGGGCGGAGGACGGGAAACUAAAGUCUAAUUUGAAGUGGCCUUAGGUAAAUUCUAACUUUUGAAGGAUUUGUAAGAAAUGUUUGAGGGACCUAACUUGGAAAUGCUGUGAACAUUUCUUACAAAACCUUUAAAACUUAGAAUUUGCCUAUGCAAAAUUCCUUCUGUGAUUAUAGCAGCCUAUAAUAUUGCAGGAUGAUAGCAUGAUUAUAUAAUACUGUAGAAAAUAAUUAACAGCAUAUUUUACAUAUUUACUGAGGCUGAAAUUCAAACUACAAUCCUGGACAAAACCAUCUGCGACACUGUAUUAAAACAUUCCUUUGUGGCCUUUUUUACCUUUUGGACCGGAAUAAUUUACUCGUUUGCCCCCCUCCGCCCCCCAAAACAAUGUUGGACGUUUUAUCCAUAUUCUACAAAUGCAAUCAACAUUGAAUGGUGGGGGAAAGGGGGAGGUUUUCUAAAUUUACGAUAAUAUUACAACAUUUUGACAAGUAAUUCGAAGUGUUGCAGAUGUUUUGUCCAGGAUUGUAGCUUUUACUAAUCUAAUGUAACUGACAAUGUAAUAUGUUUUUCUCUUAUAGCAAACAAUUUUGCAUCUCUAGCAAUCUCAUUGCUGUUAUUCAUUUUGACAGCUUUUAUGGUGUAUGGAACCAUUCAGGUAAUUAGAAAUUAAAUAUCAGAUGUCUCAAUCUGCAGUUUUGAAGGUUAGGCCUAAAAAAAUACCUGUGUUUCCGGUUUCAUAUCGUGAAAAAAUUAGGAUCGGUAGGUCGGAAAUAAACUUUUUUUAAAUAUUUUUUUCAUGGUUUUGGUGAUUUUUCGCUGGGCGAUUUGCAGUAGAGUCCCGACAUCAAUAGAGAGGUUAAGUUCCCCCGGUUCCGUUUUACGGGUAUGAGUAUCGCCAUUUUGUUUACCAAUUUUUGCUGAUGUCGGCAUUUUUACCCGUAAUUUCUACCCGUUUCCCCGCGGUAAACCAUGGUCUACACGUAAAAUACAAACGGGUACGGGUGUUUUCUGUUUACUAUUUGUGGGCCAUUUAAAUAUUAAAAAUUUUCGACAUCUUACCCAAAUAAAUAAUGCACUUAUGCUUGUCAAAGUUUUCAACAAUCUAUGGCGAACCUCAACAGCGAAAGUUGCCAUUCUCUGAUAGGUUAACUCACGCCGGAAUAUCUUGGACUUCUUAAGUUACAAGUCGUUCCCCGGUUUACGGGUACGGGUACGUGUAUAUCACCCAUACCCGUAAACCGGAACCGGUGUAUCUUAACCUCUCUAAUAUUAACUAGAGAUGCGUAUUUCCUAUGGACGAAUUUAGGCAAUUUGGUUCAAUAAUUAGUGUGACAACAGACCCCAUUUUGGCACAGUGUAUGAGCAGCCUGCAACCACCCAGAGAAAAUAGAAUCGCACGGUCAAUAGCGUUGAAAAAAUAAUAGGGUCAGCAGAAAAAAAUAGGGUCGGUCGGGAACCGAAACCACAUGUAUUAUUAGUGAACCAUUCGUUUGCUAGAAGAUUUUGAAACCCAAAUAAAGUUGUUGAUUGAUUGAAAUAAAUGUCGAGAACUUGAGCUUGCGGAGCUGAUAGCGUUGUGAGAUCUUAUUCUGUGAAAUUAUUUCUCUUUAGCGUCGCCCAAACUAUCUGUUGCCAUUCUUCUGUCUUCAAGUCUUUGAUCUUUGUGUUUUCAUUUUGUUGUUAUUUGGCGCAAUGACGAAUCACGAUCAAGUUGUUGUCUGGAGAAGCAGGGUAAGUUUUUUUGCCUUAAAAUAGUUUCUUCAUCACUUGUUUCACUAAUGUAUAUGAAGCAUUAAAUCAUACGAACAAAAGGCUAAAUUCUAAACUGAGGGGCAAAUCACUCAGACCUAAAAAGUGUACAAGAUCAAAAAAUCAUGUGAUUUUUUUGUGUGAUUUUUGACAGAUUUUUUUAUUUUUUCCAAACCUUUUUUCCCCAUUCUCUUUUAUUAAAUCACUCCUAAAAAGUGUACGAGAUAAAAAAAUCAUGUGAUUUUUAUUUUUUUGUGAUUUUUUUAUUUUUCACGGAUUUUUUUUUCACAACUUUUUUUCCCCAUUCUUUUUUAAAAUCACUCCUAAAAAGCAUACGAGAUAAAAAAAUCAUGUGAUUUUUUUGUGAUUUUUAAAUUUUUUGUUGAUUUUUAUUUUGAUUUUUUUGUGAUUUUUCGGAGGGUGUACGUGAUUUAAAUCAGUGAUUUGACUCUCGUUCAAAAAUGUAAAAACAAAGCACUAAAUUUUAUUUGCUGUUGUUUGUAUAGGUCUCCCAUCAUUACAGGUACAUGAGAUUGGAUAAAGUUGAUCAACGAUGUUUGAUUGCAACCUUUGCAGCUUUUCUUAUCAUCAAGGUACUACACCCUAUUGUAUCUACAUGCGAUUUCAUUUCCUCAGUAAUUCGUUGAUUUUAUAUUCAAAACUUUCAUUCCACUUUUUCAUGAUAAUACUUGGCGUUUUUUUUCACAGGCAUAUCUCGCUAACUGUGUGUGGACUUGUUACAAACUGUUUGUCAUCCGUGCGAGAAAAUUGAGCGAAGAUGAAGUCGUGCAUUCCUGCUGCAGUGACAGUGACUUCGAGGUAAAACCGCAAGGAAUAACUGUAUAGUGUACCAGCCCUCGCCGGAAAAAGUCAAAAUAGACCAUUCCCAUUAUAGACUAAUUUUAAAACUAGGCGAAGAGAUGCAAAUAAAUCACCACAGCUAGAAAGAGCAUACUAGAAUGAGUAAAAUUGCGAAAUGUUAUAAAAUACGGAAAAUAUAGCCUUGCAAAGUUUGCAAAUUUUGUAUACUUUUGUACUGCGUGCGGAAAUUGCUGCCAUUUUCGGUCCAAAUGUAAUAUACAGCUAUUUCAAUUAAGGUGGUCCACGAGCAAAGCGGAAAAGUCGAAUACGAGCGCGAAAGGCUGCUGGGAAUCGCUUUGAAAAUGCAUUAAUUUGUUAGCGAUUCCCAGCAGCCUUUCGCGCUCGUAUUCGACUUUUCCGCUUUGCUCGUGGACAACCUUAUAUGGAGCCACCUUAACUGAUCAUUUUUCUGUUAUUUAGACAUUGCUGCCAAAUUAUGAUGAUGCCACGAAACAAACGCCAAAGGAAAGCCCCCCACCUUACGCCAGCACCUAACUUUCUGGUGCAAAACUCGAUGAAUGUGCUUUUUCAUUUUUGCCCUUAUAUCGUCAUUUAUAGAUUCAAUCCCAUUAAUUAUUGUAUUGCGUAAACAUUGUCCUUGUAGUUUAUAAAUAUAUAUCUUUGCAUCUGUUAGGGAUAUUUUUAUCAAUAAUUUGAUGAUGUUAUAAUAUAGUGGAUUUUGUAGGGUGUAGAUGAUUUGUAAACGAUGUAGCAUUGCAUUGUAGCAGAAAUGUAAGAAUGACCUUCGCCUUCUUGUAAUUUUUAGUUGACAAAUCGAAUGUGUGAUUUGAUGAAAAGAAUUAUUGUAAAUUAGAAUUUAAUUUGUUUUUUAAAGUUCAGCUCGGUUAACUGGUUUGAAAUUAAGCUCGGGCUAAAAAAGUGUGUGCGAGGGGAACGGGGGGUGGGGUUUUAGUGGACCCUUCUCUGAAAGAGUUUCGGCAGAGCCUCCAAAGAAUAAGUUGACACAAAAAGAAUGGUAUGGGGACAAGCAGGAUUUUCGAGACAAUGGAACAUUCUGAUCACUGGUUCUUGACUCUGUUGUGUGAAGGUGAACACUGUGAAGGAGGGGGGGGGGGUGGAUCUUACAUUAAGGCCAUUUUCCAUUGCAGUCGCUUUGUCCGCGCGGGCGGAGCGACCAAUUUUAUAAAUCACGUGAAAAAUCAGUCGCCCGGGCACGCCAAGAAAGUUGAAUGUAGUUCUACUUUCAUGGCGUGUCCGCGAGCAUUCAGGCGGACAAA